GUCAACAUUAUUAGCCACAGACUGAAGCUAGCAUGCUAGCUAGGUUUAAGUUACUGAGCUGUGUGCUAGCUAGAUAAUUCUGGUUUCGUUGUUAUUUCUCAUGUUUAUUAGUGGUGUAUAUUUUCAGAACGGGUCACUGAAUUAUUACAGCUUGCUGAACGUUAGUUCUCCCUGUGAUUAGAUGGCUAGUGAGAUGUCACUGUCUCGCCAUCUGUAGUCAGUGACCUCAUCGUUUUGAAUUAAAGAGGAAUGAGCUCUAAAUCAUGAUAAAGUCUGAGGAAGAGCUAGCGAACUUAUGGUCCUGACUGCAAAGUGGUUCUCUGUGUUUUUCCCCGGACGGUUGUGGGUUUUUAUAUGUCUCUCUCUGCCUACUAAGAAUAGCACUGGAGUGAAUCAGGCGAUGCGAUAUGUAUUGCGUUAUAUCAUGGGCGGUAACGUGUUUUGUGCGUCAUAUUUAUAAUCCUUGAUGUGAUGAUUAACUUCAGUUUAUUGUCUGCCUUCCAAAGCUGUUAUUGGCAGAGGUUUUUGCUUAAAAUUGGAGUACGGUUGAGUUUCACGAGGGUACUGGUAUUGGUAUCUGAUCAUUGUAUGUUUUACCUGUAGGCAGUACAUUACAAGGGUUGCACUGCUUUUUCCUGAUGUCUGCUGAAGCUUCUGGUGGGAAUGUGGUGCCGGAUCCCAGCUGUGCCCCUCCGUCCCCCAGCCACGGUGUAGAGAAGAAGGUAGGACCAGGUCUGGCUGGCAGUAAGUAUGUGAAGCUGAACGUUGGUGGAUCCCUGCAUUACACCACAGUCCAGACCCUCAGCAAAGAGGACAGCCUACUCAGGAGAAUAUGUGAUGGCAGUGUGGAGGUGACCAUCGAUUCAGAAGGGUGGGUGGUGUUGGACAGAUGUGGACGCCAUUUCUCCCUGGUGCUGAACUUCCUACGGGAUGGCACAGUGCCACUUCCUGAGAGCCAGAGAGAGCUGGAGGAGGUACUGAAGGAGGCGCAGUACUACAGACUGCAGGGUCUCAUCCAGCACUGCCUUUCCACACUGCAGAAUCGCAGUGAGGUGUAUGAGGGAGGCUGUCGCAUCCCUAUGAUCACCUCUGCCAAGGAGGAACAGAGGAUGAUUGCCACCUGCAAGAAGCCUGUGGUGAAAUUGCAGAAUAAUAGAGGGAACAAUAAAUAUUCCUAUACCAGUAAUUCCGAUGACAACUUGCUGAAGAACAUUGAGCUAUUUGAUAAACUGGGGCUGCGAUUUAAUGGUAGAGUGCUUUUCAUGAAGGACGUACUCGGAGACGAAAUCUGCUGCUGGUCCUUCUAUGGAGAUGGACGCAAGAUCGCUGAGGUUUGCUGUACCUCCAUCGUUUAUGCCACUGAAAAGAAACAGACCAAAGUUGAGUUCCCAGAAGCUCGUAUCUUUGAAGAAACCCUAAACAUACUAAUCUAUGAGAAUGGCCGGGGCUCUGGUCAUGGAGGCAUGGGUUUAUUGGACUCGAGUGGUGUCUCAUCUCCAGGUGUGGGUCAGUCAGAGGAAGAUGGGGCUGGUGUGGGGGGUGGAGACAGACGUGUGAGGAGGAUCCAUGUACGGAGACAUAUUAUGCAUGACGAGAGGGGGCACGGACAGCAGACUGUGUACAAGGACUGAACGCAGGAAUGGAGGGAGAAAUGAUAAACAUGAGUAGUAAGAAGAGCUUAAUGAUACUAUAACAGGAAAAUUGUGAAUAAUUCAUAUGCAGGGACUUGGAUACAAGGAUGGAUGGGUGGGCUGGGGGGUUAAGCAGUGAUGGUAAUCGAUCUUGGGUAUGGUAACACUGCACUAAGAAAUAAUCUCAAGAGCCACAGUGUGGUUUCUUUUUCUUUUAUUUUUGAGGAUGAAUGUACAUCAUCGUUGUUAUUUAUUAUUCUGUUAAUUUAUUGUCCACAAUGUUCAACUUUUUUUAAAAAAAGGAUAUGCGUGACAUUUUUGUGUGUGCAAGAAUUGUGAAUGCGUAAUAGUGAACUGUGAUGUUUUUCUAUGCAGAUGUGUGUGUUGGGUGACAGCUGCAGAGAGGUACUUAGAAGCGACUCAUACUCGAAUAAUGUAUGAUGCAUGUUCCCGAUAGAGUGGGUGUCAUUCUGGACCUUUCCUUAAAGUAUCCUAACAGUCGUGUUCAAGUGGCUCAUUAUAUAUAAACACUCCAGUGUUUUUCAACCUUAUCCUCAUCAACUGCGUAGGUAGCGUAUGUGAUUGCGACAGACAGGAUUUUUCUAUGUGUUUCCCUGUUCUGAGGAAAGGGUGGGAAACCUGUUCACUCAAAGGACACCUAUAAUGAGAGAAUGAGGACAGUUGCUGAUUCCUGUCAGUAAAAUACAGUGCAUACACAAUAAAACUACAACCAUUACCUUUUAAUAUUCUUAUAUGAUUUUAUCCAACUUUCCAACAAGAUUUGUGGUGUCCAUGCCCAAUACAAUCUACACAACUAUGCUGAUAAGCCAUAACCACAACUUUUCCCCUAGGACUAAGUAGCCCUAGGGACGAAUAAGUGUCUUAAAACUUAGAGUUUAAGGUUUAGAACUUAAUACCUAUUGACAAUACCUAUGAAUAAGGGAAUACAAAUACCUUUAGACUUCCAUUAUGAGCGAGUGUCUAGAAACAUAAUUUCCAUUCUUUUUUCAGUACAGGGAAAUGCUAGAUAGAGACUAGUUUAAAAACACUGGAGCAUUUCCUCAAGGAGGUCCAUCUGAGUCAUAAAGCUGCUAUUGUUUCAUCAAGCAGCCAGGCAAUGUGUAUGUUUUCAGUUUAAAUCUUUCAAAAGCCCUAAAAACUCAGUUGCUAAGCAUUCCCAAAAUGUGUGUGAAUAUUGAAAUGUCUGACCCUUUACUUGAAGACUGACUAGAAAGACAAUUCCACAGCAUAUUUUUCCCCAGAGUCAUAGGAAACUGACAAAAUAUUAUGCUGAUUUGGCCAUAGCAGGUUUUCUAUAGCCAGUCUUCCAGUCAUUACUUUUAUAGACUGUUGUAUACAAAACUGCCAAACACUGUGGCAUCCACAGUGAAAACGUCCGUUUUUGUUUUGGGUAUAAGAAGGCAGUUUGUGUGACUCACUAAGGUAUUUUUUUUAUAUAUAUAUCCAAAUAAACCAUUCCUUUGUUUUAUGUGAUUAUAAUCAUAAAGAUCAUUUUGUUUUGUUUUUUUAAUUUGAAAGUGACAUGCUUUCUGGAAACACAUUCUUGCAGACAGAGCUCUCGGUAACUGGCAGUUCAAUUAUAAGUGUAAUACAUUGACUCUUAAUGAUAAGAUGGAUAUAAUGACCAAUUGCUAACCUGUCAAACUGCUGUAAAUAAGAUUUGAAGAGUUGUUGCACUAGCCCACUAUUCUCUCUUAAUUGUCUCAUGGGAAUUGUUCUCAUGACCAGUGAAACAAUAAUGUAAUGCUUACACUCACUCUUUGAAAUUUUUUUUUAUUAUUAUGAAAUACAUAUUAAUAUGCACAGUAUUAUCAGAAAUGUCUGAUGGGUAUGAGUAUUUUGGAUUUGUUUAGUAGCAUGUUAUGCUGUCCAUAAAUAAUGGUGGUUGUUAUUUUAUCCACAGGUCCAUUAAUAAAAUACCUUUUUUUUUUAUAUACAUUAAUCAUUGUAAGCCUCAUUAAAUAUUUACGGAAGGCCUUGCUUAUAAAAUGCCUAUAUAGAAGGCCGUAUAAUGAAGCCAGUAUUAAAAGGAAAGAGAAAAAAAACAUGGCAGGCUUAAAGGAAAACCCAGAAACUCAUUAAAUAUAUUUACAGUGAAAAAUUUGUCAUGUUUUUAGUGAGUGUCACUACUUUGUUAGUAAGUGCUGUAUUUUCGUUACUCCCAUGAGAAGUUAGUGGUUGUAUGCCAUGCUAACGUCACAUGGAGACAUUGCUAGAGUAAGUACAAUGUAACGUAAGGGAUAAUGAUCAAGCUUCUCUUUUAGCUCCUAAAAACAAAAAGACCAAGAGUGCCUUUUCCCACUCACCAUUUACCGGUGUAGUUCAAUGUCAUAAUGAGAAAUCCAGCAACUAUUGGAUUCAAAAUGCAGUG